AUGGUGGGCGCCAGCUACGGUUCCUGGGCGUUAUCUCGGUCUACACUUCGCAGUCCAAACGCUGUGGAAGAAGUGUGCCGGUUGGGGCUCUUUCGUUCGGCUAUGCCCUUUCAAUUGUUAUCCGGCUUUGGAGUCAUUUUUCAAGACAGUUUGUCGGCUCUGUUGGCCGCUGGCAACUGCAAAGCCCGCUGUCCCACCAGGGAACAGGUUCAAGGUGCGGGAGAACACAUUUUUGCGAAAAGCACGGAGACUGACCGCGUGGAUCUCUUCAUUGGUCAUUCCUGGAAAGCCGGGCGCUGGGAGAAAUUCUUCUCGCUUUGCACGUCACUUGGCAUCCAGUUUGAUGUUUCCAAUGCUUCUGAAGCAACGACGCACAUCAGUUCGUAG